UAAAGUGCUACCAUUGUUAAUCGCAGGAAGUGCACACCACUGUCAUAUCAAGCGAUGCCGCGCACUGAUGAGUUAUUAAUUUAUGUAAACUAGCAUUUCAUUUUCUAAAACAGUUACAUCUACAAGGUUGCAGUUAACAGUACAGUACUUUGAGUAAGCUUGAAAAGGACAUUAGCCAUAUACAAUUAUCGCCAGUUGAGGCAAGACCGAACACUAGCCUGGUCUGCGUUUAGUUUGACAACCAUGGACAGAAUGACUAACCUGUCGAGAUCUGUUACCCUGCUUGAUUCAAUGGUAAAAGAUUUUGCGUCAAGAAGUACCGCAGAAAUUGUCAUAGUCGCCACAUCAUGGGGAUGCUUAUCUUUAAUCACACUAGUGGGAAAUCUCCUAACCCUACUGAUUUUAUACCGAAACAAGAAUCUCUGGACGCCAACUAACCUUUUAAUCGCUUCGCUCGCUGCGUCCGACUUUACUUUCUCUAUUUCUAACGUUUUUCCGCUAGGUACAGGUGCUCUGUCAAGUCGCGAGUGGCCGUUCUCCUUUACAACCUGCCAGUAUCAAGGUUUCAUAUCGAUAAUGAUGGCGACGCAGUCGACGCAAACCCUCGGAUGCAUGGCGCUGAAUCGCUUCUACCGAGUCGUGAAACCCAGAAUGUACCCACAAGUCUUUAGUCUUAGGAAUACGAUCUGUGUCAUCUCGUUAACGUGGAUCUUAGCGAUGUUUGCACCCGUCCUUUACCUCGCAUCAGGACACGAAUUCGUUUUUAUCCCAGCCAAAGCGUUCUGUUACAUGAGUUUAGCCAGUGGCUCCAUAACAGCAUUUAUAGUCGCAACUUAUAUCGGUAUUCCUGCCCUUCUCAUCGGCUACUGUUAUCUACGCGUCUAUCUCGCGGUGCGUAAACACAAGGCCAACCUUUUUCAAGCCAACACCACCAUCAGCCCUGCAGAGAUCAAAGUGACGAAGACUUUAGUUGUCACGGUGCUUGUGUUCAUGUGUUGCUGGGGUCCCAUCUUAAUCAUAGAUGUGAUUGAUGUCAUCUCAGGACGCUGGGUCAUGCCGAGAUGGGUUUACAUACUCUACGUGUUCUUUUCGGUCAUCAGUAGUUCGGCAAACCCCGUUAUUUAUGUUUUCAUGAACCCGACAUUCAAACGAGAGUUUUUGAGCAUAUUGCGCUGCAGAUGUCGUCAUCACAACGCUGUUGGUAGUAAGAGCCGCGCCAAUCCGUCACAACCACGGUCAAUGGUCACGACCAAACAAGCAGCUGUUGGGGAUAAUGGUGAGUCAGGCCAGUCCAUUGAGAUCACGGUAGACAAGCAAAACAACUUUCAAAUCAAACAAGCAGCUGUAGAGGGUGAUGUCGAGUUAGCAGCGCCAGUCAGUCCAAACCAACAGAUCACGUUAGACAAGUGCAACAAACUUUUAAAUCAAACAAGCAGCUGUUGAGGGCAACGUUCCACUUUGCAGUUCCAGACAGUCAGGAUUAUUAUAAGGAAAACUUAAUAAAUGAAAGGCAUUGAAAGAAUAGAUAACAGUUAUUGUGUGGAUAAAGAUAUGCUUUCUAGAUCAACAACAUCAACAGAUCGACGUAACAGCGACAGAUCGACGUAACAGCGACUCUCUUAGCGGAAAGGGUAUGGGAGAAGUUUGCCGCGAUCUUCAACAGCUGUGUGUCCUGGCUGGUCGCCACGAGUAUGGCGAGUUUGUUAACAAAUCUGUGCUUUCGGAGCAGAAUUUGAAUAUUGAAGUGAAAUUGGUUUUGAUGAAAUCUUCAAGGAUCCCACUAAUAUGUUGCGAAAGGUUUUUUCCAAAAUAUUGAGUUCCUAGCGAGCUAGAAGCAAAUUAGUUCAGCUUGUAGGACUGCCAGCCAGCCAGGAUGUGCUACCUUUUCAUGUAUGGGGGAAACGCCACAGCGUAGCUCUCAACAAAUAGUUUAGAAUUUAAUCCACACUACAUUGAAGACACAACAAUCAUUACGAAUAUUAUUGAGAUUUUUCUAGAUUUUAGCUCAAAGUAGAAUUAACGCAAGGCACUUUAACUCUAUAUGUUUACUAAAAACUAAGAGUAGUGUGAUCACACAAUGUGAGCUUGGGGUACCCGUGCAAGCGUUGCAAAUAAAUAAUACAGCGAAAUCAUAAUCAAUCCAAGUUGAGCACGAUUUUCCACAAAGUGGUAAAAGUUGUACCAAUAAAAUCACCUAUUGGUAUGGACCAGGCUUGAUCAGGAACCUUCUACUAGUAGGACCAAGCUUAAUUGGGGAACUUCUAUUGGCAUGGAGCAGGCGUGAUCAGGGACUUUCUAGUGGAAAAGACAAGCCUUAAUCAGGGACCUUUUUUUGUAUGGACCAGGCUUGAUCAGGGACCUACUAGGUAUGGACCAGGCUUGAUCAGGGACCUUCCAUUGGUAUGGACCAGGCUUGAUCAGGGACCUUCUACUGGUGUGGACCAGGCUUGAUCAGGGACCUUCUUCUGGUAUGGACCAGUUUUUAAUCAGGGACCUUCUAUUGGUAUGGACCAGGCUUUAUCCGGAAACCUCUCUCCUGUUGAUAUGGACCCGGUUUGAUCACGGACUGUUUACUGGUAUGGCCUUGGCUUAAUCAGGGACCUACUAGGUAUGGACUAGGGAUGUCCAGGAACCUUCUACUGGUAUGGGCCAGGCUUAAUCAGGGGCCUCCUGUUGAUAUGGACCCGGUUUGAUCACGGACUGUCUACUGGUAUGGUAUUAGCUUGAUCAGGGGCCUACUAGGUAUGGACUAGGGAUGUCCAGGAACCUUCUACUGGUAUGGGCCAGGCUUAAUCAGGGGCCUCCUGUUGAUAUGGACCCGGUUUAAUCACGGAUUGUCUACUGGUAUGGUAUUAGCUUGAUCAGGGGCCUACUAGGUAUGGACUAGGGAUGUCCAGGAACAUUCUACUGGUAUGGGCCAGGCUUAAUCAGGGGCCUCCUGUUGAUAUGGACCCGGUUUGAUCACGGAUUGUCUACUGGUAUGGUAUUAGCUUGAUCAGGAGCCUCCUGUUGAUAUGGACCCGGUUUGAUCACGGACUGUGUACUGGUAUGGCAUUAGCUUGAUCAGGGGCCUUCUGUUGAUAUGGACCCGGUUUGAUCACGGACUCUCUACUGGUAUGGUAUUAGCUUGAUCAGGGGCCUCCUGUUGAUAUGGACCCGGUUUGAUCACGGACUGUCUACUGGUAUGGUAUUAGCUUGAUCAGGGGCCUGCAUGGUAUAAACUAGGCAUCCCAGUCAAAUGACGGACCAAGAAAUUUGAUGGGGAUAGGAGGGUGCAGAGAACUAAAAAACGAGACCCAAAAACUGCAAAUAUUGCAUGGGAAAGAAAUAUUGCAUGUACGCACUCACAUUUUUUUUAUAUACCAAAAUAAACCCCACAGGCUCAAGGCUUACGGGAAAAUCGAAUCACACAGAAACAAAUGUAACGUGGUCGUAGGAGACGUAAGAAGGCAAGAAAGAGAGCUAAAGGUUUGGGUUAUUUCUGAGCUCCUUUUAAUGUAAUUGAGUCUAAGUACACACCCCGAACUCCGGGUCCAAUUACAAUAUGAUUGUGUCAGCUUAAUUACACAACUAAUCACUCAAUUAAUGAGAGUGGUUCAACAAAUAA